AUGCUGCCCCAAGAAAUACUUUCUCUGCUUAUGCUGUUCUGUGUUUUCAGGGCUUCUGUUUCUGUUCUGGAUGAAGAUGACGACUAUGAUCUCAUGUAUGUGAAUAUGGAUAAUGAAAUUGAAGGUCCAGUUCUUGGUACUGAGGAAACUGUUUCAUGCGACUGCCAGCGAGAGCACACUGAGUGGGACAAGCUCUUCAUCAUGCUCGAGAACUCUCAAAUGAAAGAGAACAUGAUGCUGCAGCAGAUGGAUGAGAUCCUGAAGGUGGACCUGCAGACCCUGAAAGCAGAGCUGAGCCAGCUCACCACCAACCUCGCAGGCACCUUCACCGCCACCAUCGAGAAAGUCACCUCCCACGUCAUGUCACAGGUAGAGCAGGCGCUUGUAAGGAACACUGACCAAGUUGAAGAAGCCAAGAGGCUUCACGAGUCCGAGCAAGGAAAGGUUCUUGAGCACAUUCUGCUGCUGAGCCACAACGUGUCCGGCAGGCUUGGCCGGCUGGAGAGCGCUUGGCUGAGGAGGUCUGAGGCGGAGGCUCAGGAGACAGCUUUUCAGCAGGAUAAAUUCAGUCCCACCAGAGGAGACAAUAUCAUUUUGAACUCUCUGUGGAAAGAGCUACAGCAAACCAGAGCUGAACUGAAAGCAUCGCAGAAAUGGGCGGCUCAGCACUUACUGCCAGCAGGGUGUGAAACAGCAAUUCUAUUCCCCAUGCGUUCGAAAAAGAUAUUUGGGAGCGUUCACCCAACUGCUGGAAUGACCCUUCACUCCUUUACUGCUUGUAUCUGGAUCAAGGUGACUGAGGUGUUGGACAAAACUAUUGUCUUCUCCUACGGAACCAAGUUAAAUCCAUAUGAAAUCCAGCUUUAUCUCAGCCAGGAGUCUGCAGUGCUUGUUGUUGGUGGUGACCAGCACAAGUUAGCUGUCAAAAACGUAGUUGCUCCUGGGAAGUGGAUGCAUCUCUGCGGUGCCUGGAGCUCAGAGAAUGGAUCUGCAUCCCUGUGGGUGAAGGGAGAGCUCGCAGCCACCGCCUCAGACUUUGCUGAUGCUCACACCGUUCCAGACGGAGGGAUUUUGCAGCUCGGUCAAGAAAAGAAUGGCUGCUGCAUUGGGGGUGGAUUUGACGAAGCUUUAGCUUUCUCCGGAAAAUUAACUGGCUUUAACAUGUGGGACAGAGUGCUCAGCGCCAAAGAGAUAGCAGCGCAGAGCGGAGAAGAUGCAUGCAGUAUCAGGGGAAACAUCAUUGGGUGGGGAGUCACAGAAGUUUUGCCAUACGGAGGAGCCCAGUACGUUUCUUAA